AUGUCCACCGUAUCAGGAACAGCAUCCACUCUUCUGUUACCUUAUGGAACAUCAGCUUAUUGUAAUAGAAAAAUAAAUCAAAACCUGGAAGAGGAUACAGGAAUAGAUCAACUUAAUUCAGAUGAAAUAUUUCGUCCAGCCAUUGAAACUGAAAGAUUAGUUAUCAAUGUAAGUGGUUUACGUUUUGAAACACAAGCACAAACUGUCAAUCAAUUUCCUGACACCUUAUUAGGUAAUCCAAAUAAACGUAAUCAUUAUUAUGAUCCUUUGAGAAAUGAAUAUUUUUUCGAUAGAAACAGAUCAAGUUUUGACGGGAUACUUUAUUUUUAUCAAAGUGGUGGACGACUUCGACGACCAGUCAAUGUACCAAUUGAUGUAUUCAAUGAAGAAAUAAAAUUUUAUGAACUAGGUGAAGAAGCACUGGCUAAAUAUCGUGAAGAAGAAGGAUUUAUUAAAGAAGAACCAAAAAUUCUACCAAGAAAUCGUUUUCAACGUAAAGUUUGGCUGUUAUUUGAAUAUCCUGAAAGUUCAUUAGCAGCUCGUAUACUGGCUAUUGGUUCAGUAUUUGUUAUUCUACUAUCAAUUAUCAUAUUUUGUUUAGAAACUUUACCACAUUUUCGUCGUUAUAAAAUAAUGAAUAACUUUAAUUCUACAUUAUGUUAUGAAGAUGUAAUUUUUGAAGAGGAUGAUUUACCAACUAUCGAUCAACCAUUUUUUGUCAUUGAAACAUUUUGUAUAGUAUGGUUUAGUUGUGAACUACUCAUACGUUUUGCUUCAUCUCCGAAGAAAUUUGAAUUUUUCAAAGUGCUAAUGAAUGUCAUUGAUGUGGUUUCAAUUAUACCAUAUUUUAUAACUCUUGGUGCUGUGAUUAUUGAUGAUCCAAAACAACGUAAUCAAACAACAUCAUUAGCUGUAUUGAGAGUUAUUCGACUUGUUCGUGUUUUUCGUAUAUUCAAAUUAUCCAGACAUUCAAAAGGAUUACAAAUUUUAGGACAAACAUUAAGAGCAAGUGUUCGAGAAUUAGGAUUACUUGUAUUCUUUUUACUGAUUUGUGUUAUUCUCUUUUCAUCAGCUGUUUAUUUUGCUGAAGCUGAUGCUGACACUUCAUUGUUUCGUAGUAUACCGGAUGGAUUUUGGUGGGCUGUUGUAACAAUGACCACAGUUGGUUAUGGAGAUAUGCGACCGGUUACUGUAUGGGGUAAAUUAAUUGGUUCAUUGUGUGCUAUUGCUGGUGUAUUAACUAUUGCACUUCCUGUUCCUGUAAUUGUAUCGAAUUUUAAUUAUUUUUAUCAUCGUGAAACUGAAUCCGAUGAUAUUUCACAUCCGAUUUCUUCAUCUUUGGAAACUGAUGAUGAUGUUGUGAAUAAAGAACAACAAAUAAAUACAAAAAUUCGUAGUAUUACUUACAAUAUGAAUCGUAACAGUAGUGGUAAUAGUAGUAGUGGCAGUAAUAAAUCUAUAAAAGUCAUUUCACACAUUGAGGACAGUGUUAAUAAUCAAUAUGAUCCAAUAAUCACUGGUGCCUUAAAACCAAAUUCUGUAACAUCGAAACAUUGA